GUUGAGAAGUGAGGUGGCCUAUACUGCCUUAGAUGGUAUCGAAUGGAAGUGAAAAGUUACAUGUUGGUAGCAUAUGGUAGCAAACUUUUGUUAGAAUGAAUGGAGCAGCUUACUCAAACUUUGACAAUCAAGAACAUAUUCUCAAAUUAGGUGAAUCGUUCGAGAAACAGCCUAAAAGCGCAUUCCACACGGUGCGAUAUGACUUCAAACCAGCGUCCAUUGACACUGCAUGCGAGGGGGAGCUCGAGGUGGGCAAAGGGGAACAGGUGACGAUUACUUUGCCAAAUCUUGAGGGGUCAACUGCUCCGGUGACUGUGUUCAAAGGUUCCAAGAGGCCCUAUAUGAAGGAAUGCAUCCUUAUUGUGAACCACGACACCGGCGAAUACCGCCUGGAGAAGCUCAACAGCAACAUUGCAGUCAAAAAGACCAGAGCUGAGGGAAGCAGUAAGAUCCAUUCCCGUAUGGAGCAGCACACCAGUCGGCUGAGCCAGCAGAUGAAAAGUGGAAGUGGCGGAGGCAGUAAGGCCCCGUCUGGCUCCAAGAACUCCCCUCCCAAAGAAAAGAUGUCCCCUGGCUCUCCCAUGGAUGACAUUGAGAGAGAGCUGAUGGCGGAGGCCCGUGUGAUGGACCAGAUGAGCAGCGGGGACAGCUCCUCGGACUCCAGGAGCUCCUCCUCCAGCAGUGAAGACAGCUCCAGCAGCAGCAGCGACUCGGAGGACGAGGCCCAGCCCCGACAUGGAGUGCCCUCUGGUGCCAACCCCUUCACUGGCCCCAAUCCCAGCAUGCCUAUUGUCACCGCCUCGCACAGCCGCACUGAGGAGGCUGGAGGCGGCCACUACAUGAGCACACUCAAAAACGACUUGCAGCUCAGUGAGUCUGGAAGUGACAGUGACGAUGACUGAGCCCGGGGACCUGUGCAGAGAGAGGGAGUGAGCGAGGGAGAGAGAGAGCAUGAGGGAGAUGAGGUGGCUCUACUGGCCUCGUCACCUUAAAUGUGAUGCCUUUUCCAGGCUGAAAUUUGAGAUGGACAGCUAGGAAUGCUGUUGGAAUUUUUUUUUUUCCUGUUGGAAUGUGCACAUUGUCAGUGACAUUCCAAACAAUGAUCUGUUAAAUAUGUUCUAUUUCAGUCACUACGUUAGCUUAACAUCUCAAUUGUGCCUCUGGAGCGACAGGGAAUGAAAGCUGUGAGAAUCUCAUUCCUUUAACAGCAAAUCAAAAUUUAACGAUAUAUUCAGUUAAUCGUUGUUUUUUGCCUACGGAAUUGUUAGGAGUCACAGUUGAGAACUGGAAACAUGAGUUUUGUAGUGUUUAGGUAAUGUUAUUGGAGGUUGUUCAAUUUCUUUUGACCAUAUCACAGCACCAGUAUAGGCUUCUCUGUGCUUGACUUUGGAGAAAUGUUUUCAGUGUUUAAUUGAUAAUGGAUUGAGCCUUAAGCUUUUGCCUUACAUAGUUACUACAGUAUAAAUGCCUCCUGAAGUCAGCCAGCAACAGUAUCUUUCCUCUCUUAAAUAUGGGAAGGAGGAGAAGUAGUUUAUUUUCAGAGUAUCAACUACUUUAGAUAUGUUCCGAAAUGAAACUGUCUGAUUUAAUGGAAACUUUGAAAGUUUUUAGCCCCUGUGCUGGUCAUAGCAUAUCAGUGAUGUUUAUCUUAAUAAACCAGUGCACUACUUGAACUUAAAGUCAUUUUUUGAGUAAUAAAAUUCAGAUAAAGGUGCCGGUCAAUGACAUUAUGUGUCUUCCCGAUUGUUGUUCUUUGCUUUUGGCGCUUGAAACCUGCAAUACUUGAAUCUGUCUAGUUAAUGAUUAUUUAUUUUUCUGGUAUUUACAGAUAAGACCAACAGACUUCUGCUUCAGAUAUAGAAAGGCAACAGAUGUGGUUUUGGUGAACUGUUGACCGUCAGCUGCUAAAGUGAUUAAAUCAGUUUCGUUCUAGUGCCUCUGGUUAACAUGACAAUCUACACACCAUUGUCUUUAGAUUAACUAAAGGCUUUUGCUGAUCUAUCUGUAUAUUUUUAUCAUAGAAGCCUUAUCAUUUCUUGUCAUUUUUCAGACUUCCCUCACUGGUUGUGUUAUAAUCAGAUGGGGUUGAUACUUGGCCAUAUCUAUAAUUUAGAAUAGGACAUGCUUAUAUGUAAAGGGCCAUUCCCCAGUUGUUACAAAGUGGCAACUAAAAGUAGGGGGACAGCUUUUAUGGGUGGACCUUCUGCUGCCAAAAUUACGGUUUAAAAUGGAUGAAUAGCAAACGUUGAGACCAGUCCAAAUUCAGAGAAAUGGAAGUGUCAGGUAAAACACAGAGAAGUUUUGCCUGGAGAUGCCGCCCACAGAAUAGAACCAUGUCAGUGUUAGCACGCUUAGAUCAAUGGAACUUCUGGAACUGAGCCUUAGUGACCUGUUGGAGUAUGUGUUGAAAAUGUAUUAAUGAAUAAAGAUUUUAAAAGACUUG